CGCUCGCGCUUCGGUGGCGGCUCCUGAGGGGAGAAAGAAAGACGGGAGGAAGGAAGGGGAGCCGCCCGCUCGCCCGGGCAGCAUGGUGAUGGCCGAGCCCCGGCGGCUUCCCCCCGCGGCCCUGCUGCAGCCGCCGCCGCCCCAGCCGCCCUCGUCCCGCGGAGGGCCGGGCCCCGUCCGCGUCGGCUUCUACGAGAUCGAGGGCACGCUGGGCAAGGGCAACUUCGCCGUGGUCAAGCUGGGGCGGCACCGCAUCACGCGCAGCGAGGUGGCAAUAAAAAUCAUUGACAAAUCUCAGCUUGAUUCGGUAAAUCUGGAGAAAAUUUAUCGUGAAGUGCAAAUAAUGAAAAUGCUGGAUCAUCCACAUAUUAUCAAGCUUUAUCAGGUGAUGGAGACCAAAAGCAUGUUGUACCUUGUGACAGAAUUUGCCAAAAAUGGAGAAAUAUUUGAUUACCUUGCUAACCAUGGGCGGUUAAGCGAAUCUGAGGCAAGGCGCAAAUUCUGGCAAAUCCUCUCUGCUGUUGAAUACUGUCACAGCCGGAAGAUUGUACACCGUGACCUCAAAGCUGAAAACCUCCUACUUGAUAACAACAUGAAUAUCAAAAUAGCAGAUUUUGGAUUUGGAAAUUUCUAUAAAAGUGGUGAGCCUCUGACAACAUGGUGUGGAAGCCCCCCAUAUGCUGCUCCCGAGGUCUUCGAAGGCCAACAGUAUGAGGGCCCACAGCUGGAUAUUUGGAGCAUGGGUGUAGUUCUUUAUGUCUUGGUCUGCGGAGCGCUGCCCUUCGAUGGACCUACUCUUCCCAUCCUGAGGCAACGGGUCCUGGAAGGGAGGUUCCGGAUCCCCUAUUUCAUGUCAGAAGAGUGUGAGCACCUUAUCCGGAGGAUGCUGGUUCUGGAUCCGUCAAAAAGGCUGACAGUUGGUCAGAUUAAAGAGCACAAGUGGAUGCUGGUCGAGGUUCCUGUUCAGAGGCCUGCUCUCUACCCCCAAGGACAGGAGAACGAGCCUUCAAUUGGAGAGUACAAUGAGCAGGUUUUGCGACUGAUGCACAGCCUGGGCAUAGAUCAACAAAAAACCAUUGAGUCCCUGCAGAACAAGAGCUACAACCACUUUGCUGCUAUCUAUUACUUGCUCAUAGAGAGACUCAAGUCACAUCGCAGCAGCUUCCCUGUGGAUCAGCGGCUGGAUUCUCGUCAGCGACGACCAAGCACCAUUGCCGAACAGACAGUCGCCAAGGCCCAGGCUGCAGCGGCUCCUGUAAAUCUCCGCCCCCAGAAUGUGAGGUUGCUGCGGUCUCCCGGCUUGCCUCCAGCUUCUGCCGCUGAAGCUUUCUCAUUUCCCCCUACCGGCUGCCAGGCAGAAUCGGCGUUCAUGGAGGAAGAGCGAAUUGACACACCAAAGCUCAAUGGCUGCCUGCUAGAUCCUGUUCCCCCUAUGAUGGGCAGGAAAGGGUGCCAGUCUCUGCCCAGCAGCAUGAUGGAAACCUCUAUUGAUGAAGGCAUAGAGACCGAAGGAGAGUCUGAAGAAGAUUCCGCUCAAGCGUUUGCUGCCCUGCAAGCCACUCGCUGUGGGAAGAGGCGUCACACUCUGGCAGAAGUAACCAACCAGCUGGUGGUAAUGCCAGGCACAGGGAAAGUCUUUUCCAUGGACGAGAACCAGUCCUUGAGCAGCGUUGAUUCUGAAUAUGACAUGGGCUCCAUCCAGCAAGAUCUGAACUUCCUGGAAGACACCCCCUCCCUGAAAGAAAUGGUACUGGCCAAUCAGCCAGCUCCCCGGAUGACACCCCGUUUUAUAGGGCUGAGACCUGCCAAUCCAGCCAUGCAGGCACUGGCUUCUCAGAAACGAGAGGCCCACAAUCGGUCGCCCAUUAGUUUCCGAGAGGGGCGCAGAGCGUCGGACACAUCGCUAACACAAGGAAUCGUAGCAUUUAGACAGCAUCUUCAGAAUCUGGCCCGAACCAAAGGAAUCCUGGAGCUGAACAAAGUCCAGCUGCUGUAUGAACAGAUGAGAUCAGAAGACGGGCCCUCCCUGACGUCCAUCUCUCAUUUGCAAGACCUUGGAAGCAGUCCCCACCAGAAGGAAGCAUCCCAGCAGCAGGAAGCAGCCUCUGUUUUUCCUAACGGCCUGCAUCCCCAGUUGCUCUCCAGACGGCAAAGCUUAGAAACCCAGUAUCUGCAGCACAGGCUACAGAAGCCAAGCCUGCUUACGAAAGCUCAAAACACCUGCCAGGUUUUUUGCAAGGAGUUACCACGGAGCCUGGAACAGCAGUUACAGGAGCACAGGCUGCACCAGAAGCGGCUCUUUCUCCAGAAGCAAUCUCAGCUGCAGGCCUACUUCAACCAGAUGCAAAUAGCUGAAAGCACAUACUCCAGGUCUAGCCAGCUGCCCCUUCCCUGCCAUGAAGAUCAGCAGCCGCCACCACACCCUUCCCAGUUUAGUCUGGCACAGCCCCUGAGCCCUCUCAUGGAGCCUUCUGCAGAACAAAUGCAAUGCGACCCUUUCCUUAGCCAGUAUCAAAAGCUUCAGCUCAACCAGUCAUCCUCACCCCAAGUCCACAGUGCAUCUCGCUUGCCGGCACACAUUGCCAUGCAGCAGCAGCAGCAAUACCCCUACCAGACUUGUGAAUUGCCAGUUGGCAUCUCAUCUGAACCAGACUAUGCCGAUCAGCAUCAGUAUCCCCUGGACCCAGCCCAACAGAGCAGUGUAGCAGCAACUGACAACCAGAGAAGCUCAGACUCUCCCGGGGCCCAGUCCGGCUACGAGGCAUUGAGCCUUGGGGAGUUUCCUGGACUCUUUGAUUGUGAAAUGAUGGAAACCGUUGACCCCCAACAUGGUGGCUAUGUCUUGGUGAACUAACAAGUUUUAGAGUUCUGGGUGGAAAGUGGUUCGGAUAAAGAAAUGCGUGUGGAUUUCCAUUUAUGUUCCAUCCCUAAAAUUCAUGGCUUAUGAUCCAAUCCUUGACCCUAUUGGGUGAAUGUACUAACCCUCCUAAUUGGUACUAGCUGGGAAUGGCUGAGCGUCGCUCUACAAGAAAGCUUGGUGGCAGGAGCUGGAGACAGGUACUGCACUUUUUAUGGAAGCAGGAACCACUUUGAACGGAGGCGGGAAGGCAACCAGUGCCCUUCAAGGAAGGAAGGAAGGCAAGGAAGCGUGGGCCUUCCGAACUGUUUGGUAUUCUGCACACUUCGUAUACCCUGUCAGAAGGAACCUGGCAGAGUUCAGGAAGGAGAACAGAUGUGCGACACACCAUACUACUUGGCAAUAAAAGCAAUACCUUUUUUUCAGUGGAACUCAGUGAAGACUUGGGUUGAUUUUCAAGGGAAAGCAGGAGCCUAGCAUGCCCAGAGCACUGACGACACCCGGCUCGUCGCUACUGGAGCAGAGCCAGACUGCAGCUGAUCCUCAGAGGUCCCAAGGCUCUUCUAGCGACUUCCACUUCCUCCUCUGGAUUUAGAACAUUUUACUCAAAGCUAACCAGGAAAUUUCCAAUCUCUACUCACCUUGACAAAUCCUUAUAUCUUUGACAAACAGGUCUGCAUAUCCGUAUGUCAACAGGAUUUUGGAUCUGACUUCUAGGAUUUCCACAGAACUCUUGAAUUAGGAUAUUCUUCAAAGACCGGACAACAGAAAAUUGGGGAGGGAUUGGGGAGGGGGAAAGAAGGAUGAAGAAAGAAUAAGGGGGGGCUGCACAGUGCCGCUUCUGGGCCUCUCGCAGAAGCCUGGGCCUCGCUCUGAUCACUGGAGAAGUUGUUAUAAGCUGCCCUUGGUUGCUUUUCUGCUUAAAAGAGGCAACUAUAAUUGGACUUAACAGUGUGGAUUGCUGGUGGUUUGUUAGGCUUUGUAUAUUUGGACAGUUAGUUAGGGAAUUAGCAUUUAAAGAUGAAACACGAUGAGCUUAUCAGAAAACCCAUGUGAAGUGAUAGUGCUGUGCCUUUUUGGGUUCUUUUUGAGAGACUAUACUUUUCUUUUUUCUUUUCUCUCUGAAAUAGAAAAACACCCCAUUUAUAUCAAUGCUGGCGCCAAAGUCCCUUCAGAGCCCGAGUUCCACCAUGUGGAAUGCAGGCUUAAAAUUUUCCUCACAUGUGUUUGACUUGGUCAUCUGCAUAUUUGAAACAUGGAAGUAUUACAGCAAUAUUUAGGAUCAAGAACUGUUGAACUGAUAACUGUUUCAAUUGGCAUCUGCUCUGCAGGCAUUUAUGGUGCGUAAUUCACCGACUUGAAGCCCAUAGAAAGAACAUGGGGAAUUCCUCACACUGGUUGCAAGGGUCUGGUUUAAAAGGGGGGCGAUGCUAUUAAAGAAGAUGUCGGUGACGCUGAGCAUCCUGCUAGGGCAGAUAACUUACAUUAAGCACAACACAGUUGUUAUUUAAGCACAAAAUAAUGGUCUUUCUGAAAGAUACCUUGAGUCCAUCCCCUACAGGACUGGUGAACCAACAUUUGGCCUUAUGCCUCUUAAGAUUGCCGAUGAGAGCUCACAUGACGGAAUACUUCUUUACAAAGAACAUGAAAUACCAGAGGUGAGGGUCCUAGCUUAGCUUGUUCCUGGCAUGGGAGGGUUUUUUUAAUGGAUUCAAGAGCUUGUAACCAAUAAGAUAGCCCAAUAAGAUGGUCUGGGCGGAGCAGGAUUUCCCCCUUCUGCUGCAGUCCAUCCAUACCCCUGAGGUGUUGUUCCUGGGGGGUCACUGGAUCCCCAAGGACAACACAGGGAGCAAAAUGGGAGAGGAAACUGGCACAAAUCGCUGCCCCUUCUUCCAAAAGCGGAUGGGCACCUCUUUAUUUAGAAUUGCAUGGUUAGAUACAGGCCCACCUUGUCCAAUCCUUUGGAUGCUUUCUGUUAGCAGUGGCACUUUCCUCUAGUCGGAGGAGCUGACGGGACGCUGCCAUCAGCCAGACACACCCUCAGGCCCCAAUCCAGCUUGUUUCUGUGGAGCAGCAUUCAGUCCUGUAAGCCUCCACCUGCAGUCUGAAGUGGCCCGUCUUAGACCACUUCUGUAAGAACCAGGCCUCGGUUAAUGGGACGCUUCCAUUUCUCAGCCCUGGUUUUAGCGUCCAGUGAGCUGCAUUCCUACCAUGCAACUCUUUCAAGAAACUCCCCCAUGCAAGGCACCAAAUGUGCAUGCUCCAGUCUUUCCCAUAAACCUCCACAUUCUUGAAUUUGGACUAUCAGGGCGAUGUGUGAUGGUCAGACAGUCCUGCGGUGGCUGUAUAAGGCACCAGGUUGAGUUCAGAGGGCAGCAGGGAACUGUAUCUCGGGGAAUUCUCUUUUCUGUGGAGUACUCUUGCUUUUAGCAGGAUUUGGGGAAGGGGGUCCUUUUGAGCUGUCUUUGCCAGAAUAGCCAGGCAUCUUUUCUCGUAGGAGUAACAACACUCUAUCUGCAUGUAACCUAUAAUUAUGAGACUUCCUCAAAUGGAGAGCCUUUCCUGCUGUGUCCUGUGCACUUCACAUGGCGGGAGGGAGGGGAGACUUCCAGCCAAGCUGACACCAACUGCCUUAUUUCCUUGAGCGAAAAAUCCUGCUGGCUGUGUCUUGAGUUUUAUCAACCCAUAUUGUAUUCAAUGGGAAAAAAAACCUUUCUGGCAAGUCAUCUGUUCCUAACCCACCCUAAACUAGGGACAGGCAACAACGGCCCACUGACUAUCUCCAGCCCACCAAAGGUUUUCACCACAAUAACAUGGUAGGUGCUGUCUUGAUGGGUCGGAGACAGCCUCCUUCCAGGCCUUAUAUUGGCUAACCUUGCUCUAAGCUAUUCUUUGUUGUUUCUCAGUAGCAUGAAGAGGGAGUUCAAGAACUAGUCUUAAGCGUUCUUGGCUUCUGAAACUCAAGUGGUGAAUUAGGGGGUAAUAAGGGGAGAGGAGCGAAUUCAGCCUCCUUGGGAUCUCCCCCUGUACAUUCCCACCCACCCUGGGCUGCUGAAAACCAGCGAACAAGCCCCACCCCCACCCCCCCACGCAGCUGCCAAGGAUCUGGCCCAACUUAGCUUUGUACAGGUAUCUCUAUGGUGCAUACAGAGCACAAACUGUAGCUGACCUUAGAAGGUGGCUACGCAUCAGUAUUCAGGUGCAGAGAGCUAAUAAAUGUCCGUUUCUGUUGGCAAUCACUUUGUACCUCAGUUUAGGGGAGCGGAAGUUCUGAAUGUAAAACUAGGUCAGAUGUGUCCCUCCGCUUAACAGCGUGUGUUUCUUAACAUUUGGCGUCGUUUGUUACAACAAUAGAGGAAACCAUUUUUUCCUAAGCCACACUCACGUACCCAUAGAGCACCCCGCCCAUCUCCCUCUCUGUAUUCCUGCCGCUUCGAAAUAACUGCUGCUGUUGAGUCUGCUGUGUCUGUCGUUAGAGGAUUUGUGUAUACUACUGUAUAGCAACUAGUAGCUUUAUUAGUUUGAAUACAGGCUCCUUUGAAGAGACUUUGGUGAGAUGUACAUGGGGUUAAAAAAUUUCAUAUGGAGACAAGUGCAAUAUGUGUGCGUGGUACGUUUUAAUGUAUUUUUUUAAAAAAGAGUUCAAAGGGUUUAGUCUUUGCUUUGGGAGAAAUGCACUAGUUUUGUGAGCCCAUCUGUAGUAUUUACUUGCAGUUGGUAUGCUGGACUCUGUAAAAGCAAUUACAGUGUAUUCAUGCAAAAUAAAGAACAUGGACCUUCCGUUUUUAAA